AUGAACGCCGUCAUCCUCAGAAAUGUCGAUGUGGAAACUUCUGUUGAAUCCAAGUUUGUAAACAGGCUUUGGCCAUUUUUGCUUUUUGCUUGCUUUGGAUGCUCAGCCUCGCCUUGGCACACCAAGAAGAAUCGCCUUGGCACGCCAAAUAAAUGCGAGGUUUGUAAGUUACUGACGGUGGAGUUGAAGGACGCCUUGGAAAAAACUGGUCGCUCGAAGGAGGUUCUAGAGAUCGGAGAAGUUUUGGACACUGGCAAGCGCAGACGCAAAAUCAAGUACAACACCUCAGAGACACGACUCACUGAGGCUAUGGACAACAUCUGUGAAAGAAUACUGCAGUACAGAGUCCAUGCUGAGAGACCAGGAAGCCUUUGAUAUGCCAAGUUGUGAAGCUCUGGUACAAGUCAAACAAUGAGCACACUGCAGAACCUGGUAAAUAAGGGAGUGAAGGUUGACCUCGUGAUUCCUUAUGAACUGUGGGAUGAACCAUCAGUUGAGGUGGCGGACAUGAAGAUACAGUGUGAGACCAUGUUAGAAGAAAAUGAAGAGGUUGUAGAGAACUGGUACUUUAAUCAUCUAUGUCUCUAUGUCUCUCUAUUACUGUACGUCUUUCUCUGUACCUGUCUCCACAUUUUGUUUUUCAUACACAUGUGCAAUUUUAACCCUUACUGUCAAACAUGCUCUCACACACACAUCCAACCACUAUUUUUCAGGCCUUAAAGAGGCAUGGAAAGGUGACAUGGGAAUGAAAAAAUCAAAGGAGGAGAGGGAGGAAGACAGACCCAUGACACAGGAGAAUUGUAAAAGCCAUAGUGGUUGAUGAUCAGGCUUCCUUUUGCACAAAUGCAUGGAAUAAUGUGUCAAUAUAAUUGAUAAAAACUUGUUGACCAAAACCAAGGAAACAUCAAGCAUAAGGGAGAGCAUUUUUCUAAUCCUUAAGAGCACAGUAGCUUAAAAUUUCCUUAAAAUUGUUCUCAAAACUGUCCAAAUCUGUUCUUCCUUCUUUCCUUGAUGUUAUACCUCUGUCCAUGCAGACAUAUUUUGAAUUUCUCUUUAAUGCAUUGUUAAUACUGAAUAAGAAAGACACUUUGUACUGUCUUAGAGGGUUGUCUUUACAACAGAAACAGUUUCUUACCUAGUAGACCACAUUAUUUAUCAUGAAUGCGCAAUCAUUUGUCAACAUGGAACUUGUCCUUGCAACAACUCUUUCCAGUUUGCUGAAUUGAAAAGAAGAUGGUUUUAAGAUUUUGUAAUUUUGGGAACUUUAAGCAUACUGUUAUAUUUGUCACCUGAUGCAAUAUCU